CAAAUUUUGGCGCCUCAUCUUGGCUAGAUUGAACUGUUGAUUGCUGAUGAUUUAAUGAUAUUCCAAAGAGUCUAGCCUUCAGUUUGAAGAUUUCAAAAACUUCUCGACGGAUGCUAUCAUAAUGGAUUAACUCUACUCAGCGCUUCGUCAUGUCCAGCUUCAGUUUCAGUCCUAAUGGCACAGAAAUCAAGCUCAACUUCAGCUUCAACUUCAGUUUCGCCCAAGCCUUGGAUGUCUUGGAUGAACACUUUUCUAACGACAAGGUGUUCGGCUACAGUACCGAAACGAUAAUAAUCACUUGCUACGCUGUGUUGAUGGUGAUGGGGUUAUGCUGCAAUUUAGUGGUCUGCAGUGUCGUCCUUACCAACGCGAAAAUAAGAUCCUCAAGAAAUGUCCUGGUAAUCAACCUCAACAUUUCUGACAUCAUUCUCUGCGUGUUUUGCAUGCCGUUUACUCUGCUAGUAAUCAUCAGAAGAAGCUGGUUCCUCGGUGCGUUCCUUUGCAAGAUGGUUCCUUUUGUGCAGGCGUCAACGAUAUUCGUAUCUGCUGGAACUGUACUCGCCAUCGCUGUUGACCGUUACAAUGCCAUUUUGAGUUUCAACCCUCAAAGUCCAAAAGGGGGGAAAAGAGAAAUGCUUUUGAGCACGGUCAUCAUAUGGAUAACAGCUUUCGUUUUUUCCGUGCCCAUAUGUAUCUUUCAGGGAACUGUCCCCGUGGGACUUCCAGGACUACAUUUUUACUACAAAUGCAUCGAGAUGUGGCCAAGUGCUGAAUCCAAAGGCGUCUACACAGUGCUGACCCUCGUGAUUCAGUUCGUUAUCCCAGCUAUCACCCUACUCAUUACCCACAUGAACAUCAGGUCUCAUUUGAACGCCCGCGUUUCCCAAGACGACAGCAGCAAAACCUGCGAAACACCCAACAUAUCUGUGAAUCAUGAAAAACUAAAACGAGAUUUGCGCAGAAAUACUCGAGCCACAAUGGUCCUCCUCAACAUCUCGAUAGUCUUCACGAUUAGCUGGUUGCCCUGGAACGGACUCAAUCUCCUAGCAGAAUUCAAUCCGAAUCUUCUGGGUCCAAAAGAACUUUACCUGGCUUUUGCUGUGUGUCACAUGACUGCCAUGUCAUCUUCCGUCACCAAUCCUAUAUUAUACGGGUGGUUGAACAGUAAUAUACGUCGUGAAAUGGUUAGGGUAGGAUGGGUGAUUGCAAAGGCAAGUUCUGCCCUCGUCUCGAAUCGCAGUUCCCACAGUGAUAAUUAUGGAAUGACUCAAAAUAACACCUUGAUACGCUCCUCAGGAGAAUCUACACUAAACAAAAGCAAUAGCCACGAAAGUCAUGUUUAGUGGUAGAAUUACCGUGAAGAUUUAACAUACUAGUACAUUUUGAACUAGAGAAGGAUACCUGAUAAAUAACUUUAAGGUUGAAUGCAAGAAAAAACGGUAUACUAAACUCUUGAAAAUUCUGUAGACUAAUUGGCAAACUAAUCAGAAAAUAACUUAAGGGAUUUGAAACUCAUUGCUAUUUAAUAUAACUUGGAAUAGAGAAAACUAAAGUAAGUUUUUGACUUCGCAAAUAUACAUUAGUUUUGAAUACAUCUCUCUUAUUCAUUUCUUGAGAUUAUUCAGUAGGUUCAAGUGGGCGAUAAAAGGUACUUCAAACAAAUUCGAAAAGUCGAAAAAUGCUUUUAAAAUAAGUCUAAAAGUACAAUGUAAUAUAAAAGAAUACCACAUUCUAUUUUUGUGUACUGUUGAUUCACUUGAAAGUGUAAAUCUUUAAAAAACCUUUAACCUGUUCAAUAAAAAGAAAACAAACAAAUUCAAGCUUAUGUACCUGGAAAUUGAAAGAAAACUUGGGAAAUUUUGCAACAGCUCUUUUUACAUAACAAAGUCAAAACAGUUUAUCCUGAAUACAUAUACAGUGAUUCAAGUGAAAUAUGUGCUAACAAAUGUGAUACAAAGAAAGGUUUUGAAGGUAAAAAUAUUUUAGGUAACAAUAUCUGUACUUUUUCUUUUGGCGGUAUGUCAAGCGUCUCAAUGUCUUGCAUCUAAACAAACAUUCCAUUGUCACUGCUUUAUAUAACCUUUAUGAUGAUUAAUUAAAUUAGACGUUUAAACGAUUUGUUUCCGACCUGAGACCUGGGCGGACCCAGAAAAGGAAACAAUUAAGAGAGACAAAUGUUCCAGACAUAAAAAGCGUUCAGAAUUCUUUUGUUUGACUUGCGAACAGUAGAAAUAAUUAUUUUCAGAUAAUUUCACAAGUUAAGUCAUAACAAAUUUAUGCCAAAAUAUUUGUAAUCAAGGAACGAAUGGUUGGAAAUUUUUACCUUAUUGCAU